AAGUCACGUUAUUCCCGGAUUUUUCUAUUUUUCUUUCUAGAAAUUUCACGCUUCUCCUGUAACCCCCUUCUCUCUCUCUCUCUCUCUCUCUCUCUCCCUCUCUGUUUGCUCUGUUUUUUUCUCCAUUUUUCUUUCGCAACGAAAAUUCAAAGCAGAGACAUUCAGACUUUAUUUCGCGGUUUUAUCUUGGAGAAUUUUCUGGCUUCAGAAAGUUUUCAGGAUUCUAAGCUUUUGUCUGCUCUGUUUCUGGCCUUUCUGCAUGCAAUUGCAUUCGUGAAAGGCACUGGAAGCUUUUAUCUUUGCAUUGUACAGAGUAGAUACAUGACGGGAGCAAAUUUUGAUGAAACCUGGCUAUGUUGAAUCAAAUUUGGUGAAUUGGAGUGGUUGUAGUAACUAAUAGAAAGUGGCACAAAGAUGGCGUCUGAGUUGGCUUCUAUGUUUCCAAAACUGGGCUCUUUGGGUACUUCAGAUCAUGGUUCUGUUGUAUCCAUCAACCUCUUUGUGGCACUCCUUUGCGCUUGCAUUGUCAUUGGUCAUCUGCUGGAGGAGAACCGCUGGAUAAAUGAGUCCAUUACCGCCCUCAUAAUUGGCUUGGGUGUAGGAGUUGUUAUCUUGCUCAUAAGUGGGGGAAAGAGCUCACACCUUCUGGUCUUCAGUGAAGAUCUCUUUUUCAUAUAUCUACUUCCUCCAAUCAUAUUUAAUGCAGGGUUUCAGGUAAAAAAGAAGCAAUUUUUUGUAAACUUCAUUACUAUAAUGCUGUUCGGAGCCAUUGGUACACUGAUCUCAUGUGCCAUUAUAUCAUUAGGUAUUAUUCGAAACAUUGUUUCAAUCACAUGCUUCAACGUUAUUAAAGCUCAUUUUGUUUAUUGGUUAGAUAGGUUCUCUGCCAGAAAAUUAUUCUGCAACUGUUUUAUCUUGGUUUAGUUGCCUUCUAGUUUAACUUUUAUUUGCUUAAAUUCUCUAUCUACUUCAAUGAAAAAGGAGGACUCUUAUCAUAAUUACUACUAAAUGUACUUAGUUUCAAGAGUAGAAAU